CUCAUCAGCGUUAUGGAGACAUUCACCAAUUCUCAUAUCACACACUGUUCUUCCUUACUCCCGGAUGAUGUCGCUCUUGAGGUUGGUCAGGAGCUCUUUUCGCAGGGCUCCAUCUCGUCCCCUAUGUUUUCCAACCAGCGGAUGGGACACCGUCCCUGUGGCGGAGAUACUUGACGAAGAACGGUACGAUGAAUUCAAGAAGGGGCAAUACUAUCCCGUGGAUAUCGGGGAUGUUUUUGCCUCCAAGUAUCAAGUCGUUGGCAAGCUGGGAUUUGGCGUUACUUCAACUGCAUGGCUAGCCCGUGAUCUCGAACAUGGGCCAUCGCACAAGUCAUCCCACCCUGGCUAUGCGCACGUGAGAACAGCUCUUGAUCUCUUCACCAUUCCUCGCAAUGGAGGCGAUCAUCACUGUCUCGUCCAGCAGCCCAUGUGGGAGAGCUUUCGUCAUCUGCUUUAUCGAAAUCCCACACAUCGCUUUACCGUAGAUUUGCUCAAAGCCGGUCUCAUGCAGAUAUUCCUGGCACUAGAUUACCUGCACACUGAAUGCAAGCUUGUUCAUACAGAUAUCAAGAGCGAUAAUAUUCUUCAAGAAAUCGCAGACAGCUCAAUCCUCGAAGCCUUUACCGAAGCUGAAUUGGACAGGCCCUCGCCCCGCAAAUCUGUUAAUAGCGUACCAGUAUAUGCUUCGCGGCGUUUCGAACUACCCAAGGUUUUUGGACGCGCAGUAUUGAGUGACUUUGGAUCUGCAGUACGAGGUGAUGAGAAACAAGACCAUGAUGCCCAGCCGAAUGUUUAUAGGUCGCCGGAGGUGAUGUUAAUGACUGAGUGGAGCUAUCCCGUUGACGUCUGGAAUGUGGGUGUUAUGAUUUGGGAUCUGUUCGAAGGCAAGCAUAUGUUCAAUGGAAACGACCCCGACGGAAAAGGGUACUCUACCCGUGCACAUCUGGCAGAGGUGAUCGGUCUCAUAGGACCUCCCCCGUUAGAUAUGCUCAAUCGUGGAAAACGAAGUCAUGAAUUCUUUACUGUGGACGGGAAAUGGAAGCAGGACAUAGCCAUACCGCAGACAGGGGGUCUAGAGGCAUCAGAACAGUUUCUCGAAGGCAGAAAUAAGGAGAUGUUUCUGGACUUCAUGAGAGGGAUACUCCAGUGGCGUCCGGAGGACAGAAAACGGGCAAGAGAGCUCCUCAAGGAUCCCUGGCUAAAUGAACAGAUAGAGUAAUGUUCACCAUGUGCCACCAGGUUGGAAAUAUAUCAAUACUGUACUUCUUCGGAGCCUGUACAGAUGGGGGAAACUAUCAACCCUGAAACAACCCGACAGUGCCGAUACACCCGAACACUAGCGUUUCACCUCCUUAUCAACCUGAUAAGAGCAUCACCACUACUAUUU